AUGGCAAGCUACAGACGCUCCAAGUCGACGACCAAGGGCUCGUCUGAGUCUGUGGUGUCUGCCAGUGGAGAGGGCGAGUGCUCGGAUGCAGAGAUGGAGGUGUGUGAGUAUCUAGAUUCGGCCUCGGCGGGUGAUUCGGACUACUUUGAGGGCGAGCCCGAGAACGACGGUGUGCUGAGGACAGUUGCGACGGGAACCAGCGCACUGGGCGGCGGAGCUGCGUUUUGCAACAAUCACACGUCAACGACCAAGUACACAUGGUGGUCGUUUGUGCCGAUGCAGCUGUACGAGCAGUUCCGGCGGCUGGCUAACUUUUACUUUCUUCUCAUCAUCUGCAUCCAGUUUAUUCCCAACCUCUCGCCGCUCAAUCCGUUUGCGUCAAUCUUCCCGCUCGCGCUCGUGCUUGUCAUCACGGGCGCCAAGGAGCUCGUGGAGGACCGGAGGCGGGCAAAGCAGGACAAGGAGACCAACUCGCGGACGACGCGAGUGCUGCGGCCCGGGUGUACAACCGUGGAGGAGGUGAGCUGGGAGUCUGUGCGUGUGGGCGACAUUGUUUACGUCACCUCGGGCGAGGCCUUUCCGUGCGAUGUCAUCCUCCUCUCGACCUCGGGCGAGCAGGGGACGUGCUACAUUGAGACAGCGAACCUCGACGGCGAGACCAACCUCAAGAUCCGGCAGGCGCCGUCGCAGACGCUCGACUUUGACACGCCCGAGGCACUCACCAAGUUUGAAGGCACCAUCGAGUGCGAGGGCCCAAACAACCGGCUGUACACCUUCACCGGCACGCUCUAUCUGUGCAAGCCAAGCGAGCGCGAGGGCACCACAGGUGUGGCGCUCGACAACCGCAAGGUCUGCCUCCGCGGUUGCAACCUCCGCAACACCGAGUGGGUCUACGGCGUGGCGGUCUACACCGGGCACGAUACCAAGCUCAUGCGCAACUCGAUGGACCCGCCGUCGAAGCGGUCGCAGAUUGACCGAAUUAUGAACAAGGAUGUGUUUAUCAUCUUUGUGUUUCAGCUCGUCCUCUGCGCGGUGGCCGGCGUCUCCAACUUUGCAUACGCAGAAAACACGGUGUCCAAGGCGAACUACAUGGGCUCGUUGGCCACCGACGCCGGCAACGACGCAGCGCUCUCUGGCGUGCUCGGGUUUUCACCUUUAUGA